CAGGAUGAUGCAGGUUCGGCAGAACUCUUUGUGGGGAUUCACUGUGGUGAGACGCAGCAGGGAAGCUCCACUCUCUCUUCACAACAGCCUUUCUGUCUUCAGUAAAGAUGCAGACCUGGGUUGUGAUCUGUUGGGCUAUCUUUGCCGUGGUUGGUGCAGAUGAGUGUCCGGAUGGAGGCAGGUGUGCAGAAGGUCAAACCUGCUGCAGCAGCCCAACGAACGACUAUGGCUGCUGCCCGUUUGAUCAGGCUGAAUGCUGUGAGGAUCACAUCCACUGCUGUCCAGCAGACACGGCCUGCGACUCAGAGGAGGCCCGCUGUGUGAACGCCACUGUGUCCAUCCCGUGGAUGGAAAGGACCUCCGCUCUGCAGCCGACAGUCUCUAAAUCCUUCAGGAUGAUCAGGUCCUACAUGGGUGAAGACGACGAUAACAUCUGUCCCGAUCUGUCACGCUGCCCUGCUGAGUUUUCCUGCCUGAAGGCUUUGACAAAGUUUGGAUGCUGUCCACUAGCAAAGGGAGUGUCCUGCUCCGACGGGAAGCACUGCUGUCCUGAGGGCCACCACUGCAGCAUCGACAGCCGCUCCUGCAUCAAAAAGGAACUCUUGACCGCCGUCCGGUGUAGCGAUGGCGUUUCCGAAUGCCCAGAUGAAACGACCUGCUGUGAGACUCCAGAAGGCAAAUGGGGUUGCUGUCCAAUGCCAAAGGCUGUGUGCUGCGAUGAUAAGAAACACUGCUGCCCUGAAGGGACAACAUGCAACAUUGAACAAAUGAAAUGCAUUUCCACAUCUACCAAAAAGGAGCUGCCAAUGUGGGCUAAGUUCCCUGCCAGGCAGAGAGCAGAUUGGGAGAACCAGAACGAGGGUGAAGAAAUUACCAUAAAGGCAACCGGUGGGGAAGAGGCAGAGAAAUGCACUGAUGUUGCUACAGCCAAUCCACUUCCUCCUUUGGAGGAGGAGGUGACUGUGUCAUCUGUUACUAAGGCAGACGGAGUCAACAAUGUGCCAUGUGAUGAAACCGCUGCCUGUCCUGAUGGCAGCACCUGCUGCAAAACCAAGGGAGGUGGCUGGGCCUGUUGUUCUCUGCCAGAGGCGGUUUGCUGUGAAGAUAUGGUGCACUGCUGUCCAAAAGGAAAGAAAUGUAACUUUGCAACAGGAAAAUGUGAAGACGGCCUUCUCUCCAUCCCCUGGUUUGAGAAGAAACCAGCGAUGUCCCGUUCUGGUGUGGAGCUACAGGUGGAGCUACAGGUGGAGAAUGUGCCAUGUGACGAAACCGCUGCCUGUCCUGAUGGCAGCACCUGCUGCAAAACCAAGGAAGGUGGCUGGGCUUGUUGUCCUCUGCCAGAGGCUGUUUGCUGUGAAGAUAUGAUGCACUGCUGUCCAAAGGGGAAGAAAUGUAACUUGGCAGCAGGAAAAUGUGAAGAUGGCCUUCUCUCUAUCCCCUGGUUUGAGAAGAAACCAGCGAUGUCCCGUUCUGGUGUGGAGCUACAGGUGGAGAAUGUGCCAUGUGACGAAACCGCUGCCUGUCCUGAUGGCAGCACCUGCUGCAAAACCAAGGAAGGUGGCUGGGCUUGUUGUCCUCUGCCAGAGGCUGUUUGCUGUGAAGAUAUGAUGCACUGCUGUCCAAAGGGGAAGAAAUGUAACUUGGCAGCAGGAAAAUGUGAAGACGGCCUUCUCUAUCCCUGGUUUGAGAAGAAACCAGCGAUGUCCCGUUCUGGUGUGGAGCUACAGGUGGAGAAUGUGCCAUGUGACGAAACCGCUGCCUGUCCUGAUGGCAGCACCUGCUGCAAAACCAAGGAAGGUGGCUGGGCUUGUUGUCCUCUGCCAGAGGCUGUUUGCUGUGAAGAUAUGAUGCACUGCUGUCCAAAGGGUAAAAAAUGUAACUUGGCAGCAGGAAAAUGUGAAGACGGCCUUCUCUCCAUCCCCUGGUUUGAGAAGAAACCAGCGAUGUCCCGUUCUGGUGUGGAGGUACAGGUGGAGAAUGUGACAUGUGACGAAACCGCUGCCUGUCCUGAUGGCACCACCUGCUGCAAAACCAAGGAAGGUGGCUGGGCUUGUUGUCCUCUUCCUAAGGCGGUCUGCUGUGAUGACCAUGAGCACUGCUGCCCUGAAGGCACCACCUGUGACCCAACCAGCACCAGUUGUUUAAAAGCUUCAGCCUCAAGUGCCUUCAUGCUGCAGGUCGCUGCGUUCACCACUCCGGUACUCACCACCACAACCCAGAGCAUGGUGACAACCCCAGCAGAGACCAAUGAAGAGGACGAGCGACCCACAGAAGAAGGAGAUAAUGAAGACGAAGAGGAGGAGAAGGAAGAAGAGAAUCAGUGUGAUGAACACACCAGCUGCCCUCGGGACACAACCUGCUGCUUUAUGCAGUCGUCUAAGAAGUGGGGCUGCUGCCCACUGCCAAAGGCCGUGUGUUGCGCCGACGGCGACCAUUGUUGCCCGGAAAACUACAAAUGCAAGGAGGACAAGACGACGUGCGUCAGAGGGGAAGUGGAGAUCCCGUGGUACACCAAACUCCCCGCCAUUACCAGCGUCCAGGUUGAUCCCAACGACGUCCAGUGCGACGCCGGCCACCAGUGUCCUGAACGCACCACCUGCUGCAAGCUGUUCACCGGCGAGUGGGGCUGCUGCCCGCUGCAAAACGCGGUGUGCUGCUCAGAUAAGGAGCACUGCUGCCCGGAGGGCUACACCUGCGACGUCGUCUCCAAUUCCUGCCAGAAGCUCGUCUUGCUGCAGCUGGAGACGCUCCCGCUGACACCAGUGUUCCUGCCUGAGUACCAUCUUCAGCUCACGCCGCUGAAGCACAGAAACAUCCAGUGUGACGGGCAGACAAGCUGCCCGGACGACAACACCUGCUGCAGGACGUCUGCCACCACCUGGGGCUGCUGCCCGGCUCCUCAUGCGGUGUGCUGCAGCGACAUGAAGCACUGCUGUCCAGCUGGCUCCACCUGCACAGAGGAAGGAUCCUGCGUCCAGAACUUCGGCCUCAACUGGAAGACAUGGGGCAUGUUCUCCGACAACAAGAAGAGAGCUUUAAUUCUAUGAAAACAUGCUGAAAUUAAUUUCUACUUGAAGAAAAAUAAAUAUAAAAUAAAUUUAAUACUUUGUGCUAAAUGGUGAACAGUAGAACUGAAUUGCACUUAAGGAGGCUGUUAGGGGAACAUGAGCUUGGAUUGAAAAGUUUCUGUCUGCAUGUUUGGUGCAACAGAAGGUUGUUUUUCUCCUGCAGACACAGUUUAAUACAUGAAACUCUAACAAAUCGAGAAAAAACUGAAACACUCCGAAUGCAACGUAAAUUUUCUCACUAAAUCAUUGUUGUCAUGAUCUGCUGCAGCUGCCUUUUGUUCACAAACUGCAUUCCUGUCAAUAAUCUGCAAUUUUUCUCCAAAUCAAUAAUAACCAGUAACAGUUUGGAAUUAACUGUUACAUUGAAAUGAUUAACAUUCAUUUUGUUGGUAAAUCAGCUUGAGACUUUAUAUUGAA